GUCAAAGUCAAAAAAAAAUCGCACCUUGCUUGCCUAUAAUAAGAUUUUUGGUAGCAAAGCAAUUACUGAGAUAAUUACCACUAAAAAUCUCAAAUUGCUAAUUAAAAUCUAAUAGAUCAUAAUGAGGUUGAGCAUUUUUCACGGGACUCACGUAUUCAAUUAGCGUGUGUUUUCCAACUUGUAGUAGCGCAAGAUAUUUAUUGUCUUUCAUUUAAAAAAAUUAGAAACUACAAGUUUUUAAAUAUAUUUUUGUGUUCUCUUUUGUGCAGCCUGACCUGAGCAAUGAACAUUUCACUCGACCACUUUAAAAAUCCAUUAUUAGAUAAUUUAAUUAUGUAAUUUCACCAAACGAUGACCCAAUCGACAACAGUGAAUUUCUAUCUUCCAAUGAAGUAAUUUGAAUAUUAUGAUGUUACUAUGUGCAAUACGUUUAUAUUGAAUAGAUAAAGGCUCUACAAGGAUACCUAAGUAACAUUUUGCUCAAUAGUUUGUUGAAUAGAUACUGUUACAGAUGGCUUGUAAUAUUAAUUGGAUCAUACCUGCCCUUAGAAAACCUACACAUUUAUGGAGGCUAGCCAGUACAAUUACUAUAAUGGCUGUUGGACUAUUUAGCAAAGUAUUAAUAAAAUUCCUAAACAAAUCAAAAAUCCACAAUAGACACAUCAUAUCCAAUUUACUAGCAAAAAGAGACCAAUCUAGGCCACUAGUAACAGUUUCUAAUCAUCACUCCUGUUUUGACGAUCCUGGAAUAUGGGGAACUCUAAGGCUCCGACACCUUCUCUCACCGACCAAAAUGCGCUGGUCCCUGGCAGCUCACGAUAUUUGCUUCACUUGCUCUCAACACUCGUACUUUUUUGGAUUAGGCAAAUGUAUUCCUGUAAUUAGGGGUGCUGGUGUAUAUCAAGAAGCUGUAGAUUUUAUGAUCGAACAAUUAGCCAAAGGCUCGUGGGUGCACAUUUUCCCUGAAGGCAAAGUGAACAUGACAAAAGAAUGCAUGCGUCUGAAAUGGGGCGUCGGUAGGAUGAUUUUCGAAUCACCAGUACCGCCUAUAGUUGUGCCCAUUUGGCACAUAGGAAUGGACGAUGUUUUACCAAACGAACCACCUUACGUGCUUAGGUUAAGAAAAAAUUUAACUUUUAAUUAUGGAGAUCCAAUCGACAUGACUGAAAUGGUCAGAGCUUUAAAAGCGGCCAAUGCUACUGACGAGGAAGCUAGAAAACAAAUUACUGAUUUUUUGCAAGGAAAACUUCAAGAGCUUAAAUUGAAAACUGAAGCUUUACACAAUAAAUAUUUCAAAACGAAAUCCUGAUAUCCGAAGUAUUUAGGGUAAGCUUUCUAAUGGACUGAAUAAAAACUGGUGUUUUUGUAUUUUUGAAUUAAAAAAUACCAAUUAUUACCAAUACAUAAUACUGAUUACGAUCAAGCUUGAUGAGCCAGUUUCUUUAUCAUCCAAAGUUUGAAUAUUUUUAAUUUUCUGUUAAUGCUUUUCUGUCAUAAUAUCGGUUGCGACACUAGGCGAUGUUGCGUAAGUUAACCAAGAUUUUUGGUUUUUCCCGUUCCGUAACCUAACCACUCCUGAAAUCUGGUUAGGUUUUUGAAAUGCAGUUCCUGAAAAAUUAGGUCCCAACUGUCAACCGAAUCUACCGAUCAAAAAGCUUAAAUGUUUCGGUUUGUUUUCAAUUUGUGCGAACAAGCCUUAUAUGAUACGCUCGAGGGAUACACUCAAUGAAUUACGUAUAACCAAGAACUGGAAUGCGCAGGCUAAUUUUUAUAUUUGUCAAAAGUGAACCAACAAGGACAAAUGCCACAAGACAAGGGGGAAUGUUGUUUUUUUUUUGUUGCUCACUGACAUAAGUAUGACGUUUUGGAAAGUUUCGUUAUAUUUACCUACACAGGUUUUAUUAUUUGAAAUACGUGUUAAAAUCAAUUUUCGCCAUUUAACAUAAUGAGUGCGACAAAAACAGGCAUCCCCUCUGCAGUAGUGGCACGUGGCUUCACGUUCUUAAAUCUGUGAUCUGUCUGUGUACUUGUUCCAGUUCUUGGUUAUAGUUCAUUGGAUACACUUUAUUAUUGGCUACAUUUGAAUCAUGACGUCACAUCAUCUACUUCAAAUUCAAUUUUUAUCACAAACUUUGCAUGUUACUUCAUCAUUUUCAAUGUCCCCUUGGUUGCAUCUAUGCGAAGGACUGUGAAUUUUUUAUUUAUGGAAGUCCUGUUCAGGAGCAAAAGUUAUGCGUCAAAUUACUAAUUUAACAGAAGGAUAAGAAUAAUUAUUAUUGGUAAGGAAACUGGCACUAAACAGUGUGAAACAUUAAAAGUAUUAAGCGUCCUAUAUAAAUACAAUAUCAAAUGAGAUUUUAUAAAAUGGGAGCAAUCUUUAGGAUUAUAUUAUCAUAUUUUGGUGUAUACCGUAUACCUAACUAUUCAAUAUUUUAUAAUCAAUUUGGUUAUUUUCUGUUAAAUAAUAAUUAAAGUUCGUUUCACGAGGGUUUAUACUUUUGACAUCAAAGACAUCUUGGUUUAAGAACCGACGAACGUUUUUGACGUCAUUAAUUUUUUUCAGUCAAUUUCUAAAAAAGGAAGGCAAAUUAUGUCAAAUGUAUAAACCUAUCAGAGAAUCAUAAUACUGUAACGCAAUACAUAAUAUACAUAUGUACAUAGAUAUUAUCCAAUAUAUUUUAGUAAAAAUUAUAUUAUAUAAGACGCUUUUCUACAAGAUAUCCGUGCUGGAUAUACUUUUUUCAUGAGCUAGUCACAAAUUAAGGUUAUUGAUCAAUUUUUUUUGCCAUUUUUAAACCAUUUUCAGCAUUGCUAGGGGCACAAGAGUUUGUUUUUGCUUGAGCCUAAUUCUAACUUAUGGAUGUGAAAAAUGUUAAAAUCAUAUACAGAAUGUAAAAAAUAUCCAUUGCCAUAAUGUAUGGUUUGGCAGGCUGACAAGUUUCUAAUUUUAUAAUUUUACAAAUUAAGUAGGCAUAACAAAUUAAACUUUUUAAGUGAGAAUAUUAUGGAAUUUUCCUACAUUCAAUCUAAAACCAUGUAUAAGGGGGUAUAUAAACAUGUAUAAUGAAUGACCAACAAAUGAUAUAGCUGAACUUUGUAAGUAAUACAUAUCACUUGUCUAAAAUUGGAAAAAAAUCGGUAUAAAUUAUUGUUUUUUGAUUGAUUUUUUUCGAAGUCAUUAACAUAAAUAAUUGUACUUUGGCCUGGUCACUGUAUUCACGGCUAAUAUUUCAUAAGUAAACAUAUUUUUUUUUCCAAAAAAAGUUUACUAUACUCUGGUAUUUUAUGUUGAAAUUAUUUACAGUGAUUUUGAAGAAACAAUGGCGACAAUAUCAAAUUUUUGAAAUUUAUUACUAAGUUUCCAAGGUGCAAGUGCUUUAAUAAGUCACCUUCUAUAAUAUAGCACCCAUACUUUUUAUUUUAUGGCGUGUUCAUACCAAGAGGAUAAUGUAAUGGUAUGGUUGUUAUUUCUGUUUCUGGAAAAUCAAUUGAAUUUGAGGAAAUUUAUAUUAUUUUUUAUAGUGUGUAUUAUAUUUAAUUACAUAGUUGGAAAUUUCACUUAUUUAUCUAUGACAUAGGGCUUCCAAGAAUUCAAAUCAAUGCUUAUAAUGCAGAAUAAACACUUUAAACCUCAAUUAUUCUAAAUCUGUAAAACCUAUAUUCUUUUUACAUAAAGCCUGAAAUCCAAUAAAUUGUUAGGAUCAGGUAUUUUCCCAGGCAUUUAUUCUUAUUCUAAAAUCAGUUUCAAAUACUACCUAGCUAUUCAUCUGCCAUAUUUAUUAAUUCUUUUGGGGUAAGUGGACUUGAAAAAUUUAAAUAUUGGCCAUUCCUACUGUGUAGUUCACAAGAAAAAAAAGAUAUGUAUUAUCAAAUAUGGUUAACAUGAUCUAGACGACCAUUUUGUAAAAUUAUUGUUGGUCAUGAAAAAAAUAUUGUUUUACUAUGAGAUAUUAGUUUUUCUUUUUAAUAAUAGCCAUAAGUAAAUUGUGAUUUUUCCCUAUGCUUGCUGUAAUAAUUGGAAUCUUGUAUUUUUUUAAUUUAAUUUUAAGCUUAAAAUGUAUCUUUUUAUUUGGCUAGUAUAGCUUUUAGCUUACCUAAUGAAGACUAAGAGCCAUAUUAAUCAAACUGUAUUAGAAAAUAAGUCAUUACCUUACCAUUUUAUUAUUUGUUAUAAGUAUUUGUUGAAUAAUUUUAAGAGUACGAACAUGUAUUAUGUAUUUUAUUUGAAUUUUUUCCUAAUGUUAAAAAAUUAUUACCUACUUUUUGCAAAUAAUGUUUCCUUUUUUUUAUAUUAUUUAUUGUUAAACUUUUGAGAAACUUCCAUAAGCAUGUGAUAACUAAUCAAUACAAAAGUC